AUGCAGCUGCCAAGGACGGCUACCUGGCUGGCGGUGGCGCUGAGCGUCGGCCGAGUCGGGGCUCAAACGACGAAGUCUGAUAUAAUUGCGAUUGCGGCCUCCGACUUUCCACACUGCACUUUGGACUGCAUCCGACCAAGUAAUCUUCUCGACUCGAAUUGCACAAACAGCAUAUGCGCCUGCAGGCUUGAUGACGCGUUGGAUGAUGCCCGGUCGUGUCUCCGACGAUCUUGCGGCUAUCCGGAUAUACUAGCCGCGAAACACAUCACCAGCUCAGCUUGUAACGGCCGGGAUUACAGAAGAGACAGCGCUGGCGCGUAUAAAGUGAUGAACAUGGCCCUCAGCAUAUUGACCGGCGUCGUCUGUAUUUCUCGAUUUGUGUUCAAACGAAAGUUUAGCGCUGCUCGCCGAUAUACCCCGGACGACUGGAUACUCAUGUCAGCCUUUGCCGUUGGUCUCCCCUGUGCCCUCGUCAAUCGUCACGGUCUUGUACACAGUGGCUUGGGCAGGGAUGCCUGGACAUUGACGACGGAUGAUAUUUACCAUUUCGCCAUAUACUUCUACAUUUUGGAGAUUCUAUACACGAUCUGCAUGGCUCUCAUCAAGUUGACGCUUCUGGCCUUUUACCUCACGUUAUUCCUAGCAGCCAGCACAAGCGUAUGGACGCGCCGACUUUUGUGGGGAUCAAUAACUUUCCAAGUGGUGCUCGCAACAGUUACCAUAAUGUUGGCUGUUUUCCAAUGCAGCCCUGUUUCAUACUAUUGGAAGCAGCUUGUUGCCUCGGAUGCGUCGGCAUCUUGCAUAGCGUCGACACCUAUUGUAUGGACGAACGCUUCGCUGAAUGUGGCGCUCGACAUAUGGAUAGUCCUCAUACCACUGAGAGAGGUGCGGAAUCUUCGAAUGCCUCUGAGGAAGAAGCUUGGCGUCAUCUUCAUGUUCUUGAUGGGGACUUUCGUGACCGUAGUGUCAAUCUUACGGCUGUCAUCCAUAUAUCUGACGAGCGCCUCCAUCAACAUCACGUGGGAUUAUCUCCCACUAGCAUUGUGGUCCACCGUCGAAAUCAACGUGGGCAUCAUCUGCACGUGCCUUCCGACCCUGAGACUGAUAUUCAUGAGCAUCUCGCCGAAAGUAUGCGGUUCCCAGGAACCUCGUUCCAAGACGGUGAGCAAAAGUACAGAAGCGCAGUUGGGGGCAGCAGCGUCGAGGAGGCAAAGACGACUGUCAAGUCUGGAAACAAAUGUUGGGACGGAGGAGGGAGAGUUGGGUGCAUAUGCCGGGCCGAAGUUUAACGUUGUCGUCACAGACCAAGAGCUUGGUAUCCCUUUUUCUGAAGGAAGAGGUCAUCAGGAGUAA